AUGCCCUCAGUACCACUUUAUCCGCUUCGUGACGAAGAUGAGUCAAAUUCUGUCCAUUGCAAAAGUGAUUGCUUAUCGCCGGAGCUGGAAGAAAGCAGUGAUAGUGGCCAUACAAGUGGAAGUGGUAAUGCUGGUACUCCUGCAGCAUCAGCUUCACGAACUUUCCAGUCAUCGCACCGGUCAUCAUUACUGAAUCCGAUGUAUCAGCAACGAUUUCCAAGGUUUCAACCCAGUAGUGCGGUACGUUUUCGGUAUUUUCGCUCUAGUAUCCUUCAGGAAUUGGCAUUUCUUGCCAACUCGAUUGAAAAAAGCUUUUUGUCUUUCAUAAUACAACCCAUUGAUUUUAAUAAGCAUUGGCUUACUGAUUUUAAUACGCCUAACCUUCGAAAGUGCAGUUUGCAGAUAAAAAGGUAACC